AUGGUCCUGGGCAUGGUCGUCCUCCUCGGCCUCUACCUGGUGAGCAACCUGUACAGCUCGGGCGGUCUCGCUGGCACGGGUCGUGGGCAGAGCGGAAGCCACCUGGACAAGGAUGCCCGCAUUGUCAUUCUCGGUGCUGGUGUGACUGGUCUCGGUGCUGCCUACCGUCUCAAUGAGCUCGGUCACCGUGACUGGGCCGUCUAUGAGAUGGCCGACAAGCCCGUUGGCCUCGCUCAGUCGGUUGUCGAUGACCAGGGCUUCACCUGGGACAUCGGUGUCCAUGUCCUCUUCUCGCACUUUGGCUACUUUGACACGCUCCUCGUGGCAAUACCAAUACGGGCGUCGCCGAUCUACAUGCGCGAUCGGUUUGUGGGCUACCCGCUGCAGAACAACGUGUGGCGGCUGCCGCCGGCCGAUGCGGAAAAGUGCCUCGUCGGCUUGCUCGAGGUCCACGACGAUGCCGUGGCUGGUGUGACCAAGCCCAAGCCGCACACCUUUGCCGAGUGGGUCGAUCAGUCGUUUGGCUCGGGCAUCGCCGAGGUCUUCAUGACUCCGUACAACUUCAAGGUAUGGGCCCAUCCCACCACCGAGCUCAACCCGACGUGGGUGGGCGAGCGGGUGGCAACCAUCGACUUUAAGCGCAUUCUCUCCAACAUGGUCAACGAGUUUGAGGACGUCCACUGGGGGCCCAACGCCCGGUUCCGCUACCCAUCGCGUGGAGCAGGCAAGAUCUGGGAGAAUGUCUACCGCGGCCUCCCGCGGUCGCGGUUUAACUUUGAGAUGGAGGCUCUCGAGAUCAACGUCGACGACCCGAACAACAAGUACGUGGCCUUUGCCGAUGGGACCCGCGUCCCGUUCGACGCACUCAUCUCGACCAUUCCCAUGGACAAGCUGCUCACUCGCAUUGCCAACCGGCCGGACCUCGCCGCGUGGGGCUCAGAAAAAGGCGCGUUCAAGCGGCAGACCGUCAACCUGGUCGGGGUCGGGGUCGAAGGCAUCACGCCCGCAGCGUGGAACUCCUCGCACUGGAUCUACUUUCCCGAGGAGAUCUACCCGUUCUACCGCAUCACGCUCCUCACCAACUUUUCGCCGUACAUGGUGCCCAAGCCUGGCGAGCAGUACUCGGUCCUGGUAGAGGUCUCCGAGUCCAAGUACCGCAAGGUCGAUCAGGCGACGCUCGUCGACGACGUCAUCGCCGGCCUCAAGCACGCCGGCGUCAUUCCGGACGGCGCGCCGAUUGUCUCGCGCUGGCAGGAGCGGUUUGACUAUGGCUACCCGGUGCCGUACGUCGAGCUCACCGAGCACGUUCUCCGUGCCAACGACGAGCUGCUCCAGCUCGGCAUCUGGUCGCGCGGUCGCUUCGGCAACUGGCGGUAUGUGACGGGCAACCAGGACCACGUGUGCAUGCAGGGUGUGCAGGCCGUGGACAACAUCCUGUUUGGCGACUACGAGGAGAUUGUGUACGAGCCCAACGUGGUCAACGGCAAGAAAGGCCAGCGCAAGAUUCUCCCGCCUGAGAUCAAGGACCAUUGGGAUGUAGUCAUCCCCGGCUGCAUCCCCGACCUCGCCGCUUGGCUCGCGCCGCUCCUCGACGACCUCGCCGCCGCUGACAUCGUCCCGCGGGUCUUUGUCUACUCGUCCUGCAAGUCGGAUGGUGGCCUGCCGGACACGCUCACCUCCAAGUACGACAUCCGGGUGGCGUCUGCGCCCACGUCGUCGGCAAACACCGCCAACCUCGUCACCUACGCCUCGCAUGUCCUCGCUAACUACGAUGAUCUCAACCCGAUCACCUUUUUCCUGCCCGGCGCUGCAACUAUGGGCGCCUCACUCACCCAUCCCUCGCCGCACGACUUUGACAUCACCUCGUCGUACGAGAACCGCGGCCACUUUAUGUACCAGAAGGCUUCUGGCGUCACCGAUCCGCUCUUCUGCACCUUCUUUGAGGCCCUCUACGCCUUUGAUGGCCUCGACUGCCCUACCGCCUUUGAGUCGGCAGCCGCCUUCCACAUCUCGCGCGGCACCCUCCUCCACCUCUUGCCUCAGGACUACCAGGCUUUGCUCAUGCUCAAGCAUGCGUAGCAGGCUUCCUAUCGCCGAGCCCAGCUCGUCGCCCAUCACCAAGUCUGCCCGUCGCCCAACCCAUCGCCAAUCGCCGAGCCCUUUGCGAGCAAACACCAGACUCUGUCCC